UUCUCGAACUCCAAGUGGGUCUAAUUGAAUUGGAGGAGAAAGAGCCUUCAUCCCAGGCUAGUCUUUGUGCUUUUCUCAUUCCAGUCUCCUGGGCGUCUUCACUUCCCAUAUAAACACGUUGCUCGUUCAUUAAACAAAGGAGGGUUGAUUUAAUAGUGUCCCCUCUAACACCCAAGUCAUUAUGGCAGAUCUCAUUAAUGUCCACGUCCUCCUUGCCACCUACAUCCUAACGUUUCUGAUUGGCCUGCCCGCCAACAUCCUGGCAUUUUACGCGUUCAGCCAGAAGGCCAGCGACAACCCCACGCCCACGGACAUCCUACUGCUCAACCUGACCUCGUCUGACCUCCUCUUCCUCCUCUUCCUGCCGCUGAAGAUGUACGAGGCGGGUCAGGGCCUGCGCUGGUACCUGCCGCGGUUCCUCUGCUCGCUCAUGUCCUUCAUGUUCUUCACCACCAUCUACACCAGCUCGCUCCUGCUGACCGCGGUCAGCGUGGACCGCUUCCUGGGCGUGGCCUUCCCCAUCCGCUACCGGCAGCUGCGCAAGCCUCGCUACGCCAUCUGCACGGCCGCGCUGGCCUGGCUGGUCUCCUCGGCGCUCUGCAGCUUCGUCUUCGUGACCGAGCACCUGCUCGAGGCGGACGGCAACAGCAGCCGCCCGCGCGACAAGUGUUACGAGGACUUCAGUGGCGAGCAGCUGCGCGUGCUGGUCCCCGUGCGGCUGGUGUUCUUCGUGGUGCUGUUCGUGCUGCCGCUGCUCAUCUGCGUCUUCUGCUACGCCACCUGCAUCCGCAUCCUCUACAGCAGGCCGUGCAUCCCGCCAGAGCGCAAGCGCAAGGCCAUCGGCAUGGCCGUGGGCACGCUGACCGUCUUCUUGGUCUGCUUCCUGCCCUACAACUCGGCGCAUCUGGUGGGCUUCCUGACCGGCAGUAGCCCUGAGUGGCGCUACUACACGCUGCUGCUCAGCACCUUCAACACCUGCCUGGACCCCAUCAUCUUCUACUUCUCCUCCAGUGCCUUCCGCACCACCACCAAGGUGUCCAUCGUCAAGAUGCUGAUGCUAAAUCGGACAAAUACUAUACAGAAGGACAAUCAGGCAUCCAGGCAGACCCUCAGCACCUGACCCGCUCACUCCUGUGUCCCUUUAAGUAUUUAUCAAAAUAAAGUGAGGCCCUGUCCACAUUAAAGCCGGGUCAAUAUGAAUGCACGCUAUUAUCACACUAUCCACACUAAAAACGGCAUAUUCCCAGACCCCAAACCAAACUUUUUGAAAACUCUCUCUGAGGUGCACAAAUAAGAAUGACAUACUUGUCAUGAUAUUGAAACAAAUGUGGUGUUCCAGACCCCACCAACAACAAAAACAAUACAAAAACAAUAAUGUUGACGAGAUCAUUUUCAACUCAGAUAUGGAUAUAUAUUUAUUCUGCUCAGAUAUGGAUAUUUAUUCAGCUCAGAUAUGGAUAUAUAUUUAUUCAGCUCAAUGUGGACAGGGCCUAAAUAAAGGGAUGACCUCAUCACAGUUUGGCUUAACAAUGUUUAUCACAGCUUGCAAAA